CUGUGAACCAUCUCGCUUUGGAUCCUGUAUCCCUUUGGGACGAAGCGGAAGAGAAACUCAUCCGCACUGAGGUUGCGUUGCGCUGCUGUCCGCCUGUCUGUCUGCUGCGGCGUCGGCUCGGGGGAAACCUCGGCUUAGUUUACUGUGUUUACAUUCGACCACUACACAGGACGUCGGGGGUUAUGGAGCCUCGCGUCAUAGACGAAGGCAAAGGGCCGGUGAUUCACAUCGUGGUGGUUGGAUUUCACCACAAAAGGGGCUGUCAGGUUGAGUUCACCUACCCACCGCUGCUGCCUGACGAGGGUCAUGACAGUCACCUGCUGCCCGAGGAGUGGAAGUACCUCCCUUUCCUGGCUCUGCCUGACGGAGCACACAACUACCAGGAGGACACUGUGUAUUUUCACCUGCCGCCGCACAGUGGAGACAUGAAGUGUGUGUACGGAGUGUCCUGCUAUCGGCAAAUAGAAGCAAAGGCCCUAAAGGUCAGAAAGGCUGACGUCACCAGAGAGACGGUUCAGAAGAGCGUGUGCGUCCUCAGUCGAGUGCCUCUCUACGGCCUGCUCCAAGCAAAGCUGCAGCUCAUCACACAUGCCUACUUCGAGGAAAAAGACUUUUCACAGAUCUCCAUUCUGAAGGAGCUGUACGAGCACAUGAACAGCUCUCUGAGGGGUUCGGUUCUGGACGGAUCACAGGUUUAUUUAGGCUUAUCACCAAGGGAUCUAAUACUCCAGUUUCGACACAAGGUUCUCAUUCUCUUCAAGCUCAUUCUCCUGGAGAAAAAGGUCCUGUUCUAUGUGUCUCCUGUCAACAGACUAGUAGGAGCUCUGAUGACAGUCCUGUCACUGUUCCCAGGUAUGAUUGAGCACGGCCUGGUGGAUUCCUCCCACUACAGGCCUAGGAGCAGCGUGUCUGAGGACGUGAGUCUGCUGGAGAGUGUUUCAGGAGCUGAGGAGUUUGUCUCUGUGUCCGUCACUGACAUCGCCAACAGUGCCUUAGAGCUGGAGGGGCAGCAGCCCUCCCAGCCGCCCGCAGAGUCUUCCUCCUCUGGCAACAGCACAGAGGGAGACAACCACCUCCUCAAACCCCCGUCCCGCACCUCUCCAGAGUCCUCAGAGAGUGACUGGGAGACACUAGACCCCGGUGUGUUAGAGGAGGCUGGCUCCAAAGAAGCACCUGAAGAGAAAGAGAGCAGGGCAGAUUUCCCAGACGCCUUCGACUCCAAAUCAGGGACGCCAAUCACAGUGCAGCCACAGGCAGCCAGCAGUCAGGGAGGGGUGGUCCAGGGCCUGUUGUCUGGUCUGGAGGAGGAUCAGUAUGGCCUCCCCCUCGCCAUCUUCACUAAGGGUUACCUGUGUCUGCCCUACAUGGCCCUGCAGCAGCAUCAUCUCCUGUCAGAUGUGACAGUGCGAGGCUUUGUUGCCGGGGCGACCAACAUCCUCUUUCGCCAGCAGCGGCACCUUAGUGAUGCUAUUGUUGAGGUGGACGAAACUCGCAUCCAGAUUCACGACCCUGAGCUCCGGAAGGUCCUGAACCUGACGACAGCGGACCUGCGCUUCGCUGACUAUCUGGUUAAACACGUGACGGAGAACCGAGAUGACGUGUUCCUGGAUGGGACGGGCUGGGAGGGCGGAGACGAGUGGAUCAGAGCCCAGUUCACUCUGUACCUCCACUCGCUGCUUUCCUCUGCUUUACAAGACGACAAUGAGCGGCUGCUGGCUGAUUACGGCGCGCCUUUCAUCGCCGCGUGGAAGAUCACCCACAACUACCGGGUGUGGUACAGCAACAAGCACCCUGCUAUGACCAGCAUCACCCCGGGACACCCGUUCCAGGGUCAUUACAGUGUUGCUGAUGUGAAGCUGCGCCUCUCACACUCGGUGCAGAACAGCGAGCGAGGGAAGAAGCUGGGAAAUGCCAUGAUCACGACCAGUCGCAGCAUGGUCCAGACCGGAAAGGCAGUGGGUCAGUCGGUGGGUGGAGCCCUGACCACAGCCAAGUCAGCCAUGUCCUCGUGGUUCUCCACCCUGGCCCAGCCCGCCCCCCCAGCCGCUCCUGAACCUGAAAACCCCCAGUGACUCUGACUCGGGAGUCAAAGCUGGCUUUAUGAAGGAUGCAAGAAGAAAAUGGUGCAUUUCCCUUCAUGGAUCAAAUGCGAGUUCAGAGUCUGAACUGUUAAACCUGCCAGUCACGUCCCUGAGGGAGAUUCCCAGCAUCGCAUUAGUGGGACGCCAACACAGGAAGACAGCACUCGUUCUAUGAACUGUACAGUCCUCACGGGUCACGUCACGUCUGACCUGCUCCUGCUGCUGCUCUCGUGAGACACUAAAGGUGAUGUCGUUGGGUUUGUGAUGUUCCCUCUUUGCUGUGUAUUUUUAGUUUACCUAUAAACCACUGUUUUGCUGGCAAAUAACAUAAAAAGUGCUUUGGGUUUUACAGAUCAGGAGCUACUGCACCCAAGAAGAUUUUAACGACUUAAUUUUAAAUCUAGUCUGGCUCAUGUUUCUUAAGGCGUCAGUUUAACACUGCUUGCCCCCAACGGUGGAAGCCUUGGUUUUAAAAUGGAGGUAAACAACCAUUCUGGUGCCUAAUAAAUGAUGUCUAGAGCUAAAGCCAUUGUCCAAAGUAAUUCAGUAAAAGAAAUAUAUAUUUUUACCGUCAAAUGCUCCGUUUAUUGUUCCUCAAAUGAAACAAAUGAAAGCAUAGCUGGAUUUAUUUAUUUAGCACCAUAACACGUUUCUAGUGUCUAGUAGCACGAGAGACGUGUACUGACCCGGGAAGCUGGUACUGAAUGUAAAAUGGAGUUUAGCUGUAGCAUUAGUAAAGUAAACAGAAUGCAGAAAAUUAGAAGUAAAAUCAGCUCCAGAAGGUUAAGUGUGAUAACGUUUUUAAGUAAACAACAUUUAAUAUAAAUACUGAAAAUCGUGUUUCAAAAUGUAGAAUAUAAACAAUAGAUCAACCCUCUGCGAUGGAGGAGCCAUCAGCACCACCCAGGCCUUUUUCUACUUCGCUGUCAGUAUAGAAAUAUAUUUAGUAAAUCAGAAAAACCUAUUUAUUCGUCGUGUAUUGAUGUUUUCUCAGAACACUGGAUCAGCUGAUCUGUGGACCACUGUGUGCUUGCUGUUCUCUUCUGAUUGAGUCCAUGUUCUGUAGCUGUGAUUUCUCCAUGUUUCAUCACCUGUUGCGUUGAGGUGGUCCAGUGAGCGUGUUUUGUCCAGUUUUACUCUGAAAUGUUUUUUAAUGCUUUGAACAGUUUGUUUUGCAUCUGGCUCUUCAGGUAAAAAUCAUCUUAAAGUUUAUCUGUUUCUGAUAGUUUUGUAUUUAUAAAAUGUGAAUGUACUGUGAACUUAAAUUCACACUAUUUUCUUGACAGAACCUUUUAUUGUAUUUAAGAAUUAUAUCGCUGUAUUAAACAUAAUUAAAACCAUAUACUUUUA